CGCGGUUUUGGCUUGGCGUGCCGCAGGAAGCGGUGCCUGGUGACCCCUUUGGCUCGCUGCCUUCGCUGCUCGCGCUGUGCUUCCCAGGAAAGGAUGGGACUUUUGUGGUGCGUAAUGAGUCUCUGCUUCUGUGGGAUCCUGCAAAGUGGUGCUUCAGAACGCUGCGACGACUGGGGACUAGAUACCAUGAGGCAAAUCCAAGUAUUUGAAGACGAGCCAGCGCGCAUCAAGUGUCCACUCUUUGAGCACUUCUUGAAAUAUAACUACAGCACAGCCCAUGCAGCUGGCCUCACGCUGAUCUGGUACUGGACAGGGCAGGACCGGGACCUGGAGGAACCGAUCAACUUCCGCCUCCCUGAGAACCGCAUUAUUAAAGAGAAAGAUGUGCUCUGGUUCCGCCCCACCCUCCUCAACGACACGGGCAACUAUACCUGCAUGUUAAGGAACACUACUUAUUGCAGUAAAGUUGCAUUUCCCCUGGAAGUCGUCCAAAAGGAUGGCUGCUUCAAAUCCCCUAUGAAACUCCCAGUGUAUCAAAUUUACCUGGAACAUAGUCUGCAGAAGAUCACUUGUCCAGAUCUAGAUGGAUUUUUCCCUUCUGACGUCAAACCCACUGUCACUUGGUAUAAGGACUGUUCAAAGAUACAAGGCUUUUCCUUUGUAAAACCUGAAGACAUAAAUUUGAGCUUUACGUAUGCCGUUAUUUCAGUUAAUGGUAAUUACACAUGUGUUGUCACAUAUCCAGAAAAUGGGAGGAUCUUCCAUCUGACUAGAACUCUAACUGUAACGGUGGUAGGCUCUCCAAUAGAUGCAACACCGCCUCAGAUCCGUUCACCCAAUGAUAUUAUUAUCUAUGAGAAAGAACCAGGAGAGGAGCUCCUCAUUCCCUGCGAAGUCUUUUUCACUUUCCUGAAGGGCUCUCGCAAUGAACUUUGGUGGACCAUCGAUGGGAAAAAGGUUGAUGACUUCAAUGGAGACAUAAUGGUCAAUGAAAGUAUAAGUCGUUCUAAAACGGAAGAUGAAACCAAAAUUCACACUUUAAGAAUCAAGAAACUUACCCCAGAAGACUUGAAGCGGAGCUAUGUCUGUCAUGCCAGAAAUGACAAAGGGGAGGCUAACAGAACAGCUUCGGUUAAACAGAAAGUGAUGCCUCCCAGGUACACAGUGGAACUAGCCUGUGGGUUUGGAGUGACCGUCCUGCUUGUUGUGAUUUUGAUUGUUGUUUACCAUGUUUACUGGCUGGAGAUGGUCCUGUUUUACCGAGCUCACUUUGGAACAGAUGAAACCAUUUCAGAUGGGAAGGAGUAUGAUAUUUAUGUAUCUUAUGCAAGGAAUACUGAAGAAGAAGAAUUCGUAUUACUGACUCUUCGUGGAGUUUUGGAGAAUGAAUUUGGAUACAAGCUGUGUAUAUUCGACAGAGACAGUCUUCCUGGGGGAAUUGUCACGGAUGAGACCUUGAGCUUCAUUAAGAAAAGCAGACGACUCCUGGUUGUCCUAAGCCCCAACUACGUACUCCAGGGAACCCAAGCCCUCCUGGAGCUCAAGGCUGGCCUAGAAAACAUGGCCUCUCGGGGCAGCAUCAACGUCAUUUUAGUGCAGUACAAAGCUGUGAAGGAGAUGAAGGUGAAAGAGCUGAAGAGGGCUAAGACGGUGCUCACGGUCAUUAAAUGGAAAGGGGAGAAAUCCAAGUAUCCACGGGGCAGGUUCUGGAAGCAACUGCAGGUGGCCAUGCCAGUGAAGAGAAGUCACAGGUGGUCUAGCAGUGAUGAGCAAGGCCUCUCCUAUUCGUCCUUAAAAAAUGUAUGAAAUCGACAAUAAAAAUGGGUAGAGGGAGCCAAGACUGCUUCAGGAAGAAAGUAUUCCCCUUUCUUUUAAUACAGGUUUAUGGUUUCAUGGGCAGCAAAAUAGUCUGUCAGAGCUUCCCUAUGGGGAUAAAUUCAGGGUGACCACAUAAUUGGCUGCUCUGCUUCCUCCGGCGUUACUAAGUGGUACAGUGAUCUUAUCGCCAGUUUCUCAUGUCGCUGUGUUCUUUCCAGGCAAGGACAUUGCUGACGUGAAUCGAUUCUUUUGCAUCCCUCUCCCUUUUCCCUUGUGUCUCUCUGCCUUCAGUGUCAUCGGCACAUUAUGGGGCAGACCUUGCCACUCGAUUUCAUGACCCUUAAAAACAAAUCAUCUGUUAGCAGGGUCAUUCUGAAUUUCCGAGUAUAGUUUUUCUUUUCUUUUUAUGCAUCCAUUAAAAAAUAUCAUCAGGGCCUAGAUUUGUUUAGUUCAAGAUAAUGAGAUCUUUUGCUCAUUCUGCUAUAUUGUAUGCUACUACAGCCAGACUGGUGCCCACUUAGGAUGAUGUAACAACAUUCUAUCUGAAAAUGUUCCUUGACAUUGAUAUUCAAAGACUUACCUGCGGUUUUUUCUACUAUACCAGCCUUCCCUUCAUUUCAGGCACUUAAUUAAUGUCAUUUUUAACAAAUCAUAAAUUUUAUUAUUUCUGUACAGUGAUCAUGUGGAGUUGAAGCCAUAUUUAUCGUUGUCAUCUCCCCAGCUCCUGUACCUUGUAUCAUUCAUGGUGAUUUGCUUCUGUAUGAAAGGAAAUGUCUUCUAAUGGUGCUAAUAGAGGGUAAGAUAGCUGCAAGGUACUUUCAGAGGAUUUCCCGGCUUGUGAGGAGUGCAUCAGAUCAGGCCUGUGGCAGUUUGUCUUUUAAUCCCAGCCUAGCUAAAGAGAAAUGCUGGGAAAGUGAUUUUACCUCAUUUAUUUUUGUCCUUACAUUGUAAAAUGUGGGGAUUUAGCCCAGUUGCUUGAAUUGAAAGGCCUUUUUAGCAUUAUUAUUCUGCUGGGAUUAGUUGGACCCUGAUACUCGCUAUAUUUUUCUCACUGGUACAGUUAAUAAAUUCACUCCAAACCAUUUCACUGUCAAAGAACAUUUGUUUGUUUUAAACGGUCCAAAAGACUAAAAACAACAGAAGCAAAGUCCAGAGUUUACCGAGUGGUGAAUAUCUAUAUUACAUGUAGAUAUAUAUCCUCAUAUUCACUGAAGUAUGUAUAUUUGUAUGUCUGUGUAUGUGUGUAUAUAUAUCAUAUGUGAUUGUGUGUAUAUGUGCUUGCAUAUAUAGA